AUGCCCGCAUCCCGCCUCUCCCGCUUUCCCCUCCCUCUCCCGCGUUUUCCGCCUCUCUCGCACGUGUCCCCCACCCCCACUCUAUCCUCCAUCCCGUACCCCGUGUUGUACGAGCCCGUGCUGCUGCUCGUUGCGUCCACGUGGCUGCACGGCUCGCCGUCGGACCACGCUGCCUUCUUCCUGCGCUGGCUGCACAAGAGCGCCUCCGGCUUCAGUGUCGGCGCCACGCUCCUCGCGCCACUGCUCUUCGUCGUCUUCGGGCUAAGGAGCUCCGCGUACGACGAGGCAGAGGAGGCGGGGGGAGGGGAAGGGGAGAAGCUGGAGCGCGUGGGGUGUUGUGCGUCUAGCGCGGAUGCCGGAGGCGGAGCGGGAGCGGUGGAGGGUUGUGAGUGCAGCGCCGGGGGCGGUUGCAACGACGGGCGGUAUUUCAACACGGUGGCGCGUGCAGCGGACGAGGAUCUGGUGGCGCUGGGGGUGCGGAGGCUUGCACACAUGAGAGAGUGCGACGAGGCGGAGGGGGGUGACGUCGACAGCACGUUCCACGAAUGGGUCAGCGCAAUCAAGUCCGCGUUGGCUGCCGCGAACGGCGGGUCCGGGAAUGGCGCGACUUUGAGGGCGUCGGGAGGGCAGGAGGAGGACGAGGAAGAGGAGGUAGAGGAGGAGGAAGAAGAAGAGGAGGGAUACGAGGAGUAUAAAGGGGAGAGCGAGGAGGAGGAGGGGGAAGGGGAGGGGCGCGCGGAGGGGUUGGUUGAUCUGGAGGACGUGGCUGGCCCGCACGCCCCCGCGCGCGCGCAUGCGAAUGCGCUCACGCGGGGGACUUUGUGGGCGAGGGCGCUGGCGGGGACGGCGCGGGAGGCGCUGCGGGGAGGAGAGAUGGCAGUGGCGGAAGGAGUGGCGCGGGGGGCGGGGAUGGGGAAGAGCAGGGGGGGGGGGUGGUUCGGCAAGGGGACGUGUACACGGACCAUGCGGGGGUGA